GUGUCUGUUUGAUCUACGAUACUUCUGCACUCUUCCAUCUAAGAAACCUAUCUCAGGCUUGCCUUGUAUUCAUGGAUAGACAUGCUGUAGAUAUUCUCAACCACGAGUCUUUUACCAGUUUGUCAGAAUUUUCUGUUCGAGAAAUUAUUUCUCGGGAUUCUUUCUGUGCCGAAGAAGUUCAAAUUUUCAGAGCUGUUGCUAGCUGGGCUAAAGGGAAUCCUGAGGCUGAAGUUUCUCAAGUUCUCAAGGAGAUAAGACUCAGUCUUCUGAGUAUACAGGAUUUACUGAAGGUGGUCAGACCUACAGACCUAAUACCUCCUGACGUACUUCUAGAUGCAAUUCAAUCUCGGACUGAAAGCAAAGAUACUGAAUUAAGAUACCGUGGAUACAAGAUACCAGAGGAGAAUGUUGCACUCCCUCGGCAUGGAGCUACUGUACUGGUUGGUGAGGUUAAGGAUGCACUACUCAACGGAGAUAACAAGAAUUAUGAUAUGGAGAGAGGGUUCUCUAGACAUCCUAUUGAUGAAGCAGGAGAUAAAGGUAUUGUGGUGAAGCUGGGGAUGCCUUGUAUACUUAACAGGAUAAAUCUACUCCUCUGGGAUAGAGAUCAAAGAGCAUACUCCUACUAUAUUGAAGUCUCCAUGGAUCAGAAGGAUUGGAUCCGAGUAGUUGAUCAUUCAAAACAUCACUGUAGAUCUUGGCAGUAUCUGUACUUCCCCGCACGAGUUGUUCGAUACUUUCGUAUUGUUGGUACACACAACACUGUAAACAAGGUGUUCCAUGUAGUAACCUUGGAAGCCCUUUACACUGAGCAAAUUCAGAACCUGGAUCUUGGUCUUAUCAUUCCACAGUCUAAUGUUGCUACCCUGGACCAUUCAGCUUUAGUUACAGAGGGGGUCUGCAGGUCGAGGAAUGCACUACUCAAUGGAGAUACAAGUAACUAUGACUGGGACAGUGGAUAUACUUGUCAUCAGCUUGGUUCUGGUGCUAUAGUUGUACAGCUGGGACAGCCCUAUGCUCUGGACAGUAUGCGCUUGCUUCUCUGGGACUGUGAUGACCGGAGCUAUAGCUACUAUAUUGAGGUAUCAACUAACCAGCGUGAGUGGGAGGUAGUGUGUGACCGUACACGUGAAGCUUGUAGAUCCUGGCAGCUGGUCACUUUCAAGCGCAGGCCGGUCGUAUUCGUCAGGUAUGGAUUAGUUAAAGAGAAUAGAUAAGUUUAGAGUGGAAUUAAGUC